ACGACAAAGAACAUGCGCAUUAAGAAUGCGCAUUCGGUUGAGUUGAUGAACAAUGGUGGAAAACUGCACUUCCUGUCACACUAUUUGUUAGAAUUUCAUUUCACAUAGCAUCUUGACAUUCUUCAUCUUUAUUCAUAAGUCACCAUGAAUUGUUACCAGAAGUUUUACACAAACCAGAUUCACUCCAGUUCACUGCUAUGUCAGCUAGCCACCAUGUGGAAGAGCCAGGUGCUAUGUGAUGCCAUUAUCCGGUCUGGAGCUGUUGUCACAAAGGCUCAUCGUGUGGUACUAGUGGCUGCCUGCCCCAUGUUACAGUCCAUGGAGAACGCCGCAGUGGGAUCUCACCUGGAGGUCCGCCUGGCCGCGGACAUCAAACAGGAGUCCGUCCAGACAUUUCUACAGUAUCUCUACGAGGGGUUCAUGAUGUUAACGGAACAGAACUGCCGCGACGUAGAAAAGAUUGCACGCUUGUUACAAGUGGAUAACGUUAUCAAGUGUUGUGCAGACUUUAACAAAUGUUUGAGCUCCAAAACAGGACAUAUGUCUGCUAAUGAUCAGUAUAAGUACACUUUUCAUGACAUGGUGGAGUUUAAGCAUGUGAGGUCAUCAGAGAUGCAGAAGACAGUGCAGGAGAGAACCACCAAGAGGACUUCAGAUUUCCCUCAGCCUCCCAGUCCUGGAGGUAAGCGACAGAGGACACAGGACAUGCAUGCUGACGAUGCUGCAUCAAUGGCCAGCAGCUACAGUCACGUGGCUCCAGAUCCCUGGGAUCGAGUCCCAAAGUUAGGAAUGCCCUACCAUGCCAGAGGAGGACAGGGAUCCCAGCAGCCAGGAGUGAUUGACAUUGUAGAGGAUAGUCUGGAGUUGAUUCAGACUGACCCUCCCGAUUCUAGUGGUGAUCGGUCAAACAAAGACCAGCGUCUGUCUCAGAAAAGUGUCUCCAUUGCCGUGGCCAGCAAAAUAAGUAACAGUACAAACCUACAAAUUGUUGAUGUGGCCUCAGAACAGGCCAGACCGGAACCAAGAUCUCGAAACAGUAUGCCAUUACAAAGCCGAGUAGCACCCGCUAAUCAAACCCACACCACCACCGAAAACGGAAAGUCUACAAAUUCUCAGCCAGCACCCAAACCAUCCAGCCAUACUACCACACCAGUCGUGAAUGACAAGUUACAAGUCAGUAGUUCACCCGGCAUGUCUCCAUCAUCCCCACACUUCAGCAAUCGUAGUUCUCCACAAGUCAGACCAGAGCCAUCAGCACACAAGCCUUUUGCAGCAGGCAGUGAGAGCCAGAGUUUGCAGCCACCACAACAGAACACAGAACUGUCCACUAACACAAAUGAUGCAGAGUCCAUAUCAGAUACUGGUAGCAUUAAUGCUAGAGAAACACCAGAAGUAACCCAGCAGAAACCCUCAAAGCCUCCAUCCCCUGACAAAACAAGUGCAGAUCUCACCAUAGUUAAAAUAGAAUCUGAUGAUGAAGAGGCAGCUGCCAUGGAGAUGUACAUCAAUGUGGCAGGGGGAGGAUCGGAGUCUAUUCGAGUUCAGAGGGCGGAGCAUGUUGACUUAGAGGAGGGGGACCCACAGGGGGAGUGGAUGUCUAACGAGGACAGCAAUGUCAGCGGGGAUCAGUCUAAUUCCUGGGUAUAUCCCCCAGGGGGACAGGCGCAGUAUAAAGCAAACAAGAUUUCCAUUAAAGAAGAAGGGGCCAAUGCAGAAGGGACCGAAGAGACCAAAGGAAGCUCGGAGGAGGGCGCUGUCGUCCCCAAGAUUGAUCCUAAAUUAUCGAAACGUUCCAAAGAAAAGGCAGAAAAACGGAAGUCAAUGCAGAAAAUGAUCAACAUGGAUAAUUACGCUGCCAUGGAAAAGUACCUCUCUUCCAUGCAGUCAGUUCACCAGUCCAUGUUGUCUUUGGCUACUUUGCCAAUAAACGUCACCGGACCAGACGGCCGUGCUUUAAUCUCUCAAAUGAAGGCAACGGAUUGGCCAUUGUUCAACGUGGGGGCCGGCACUGCAGUCCCUGAUGUAGAUUUCUCGCAUUCCCCUCAAAACGAGGCUGAGGUUUCCACUGCGGAUCCAUUGGCACUGAAUUUGGUAAAAACGGAAUGCAAGAACUCGAUGGGACAGUUGCGGACGGGAUUGGAUCGAUUCGGAGAACACAUGCACGCGCUGGUUCCAAUACCUGAAGGAAAGUACAAAACCUGCAGUUAUUGUCAGAAAGUAAAACACAAAACCAAAUCGGGUUGGUAUUGCUACACCACCUACCAAUGUCGUAAGUGUGAAAUACCACUGUGCAAAAGAAAUAAGAAUUGUUUCAUGUUCUACCAUCGAGAUUUGGGCAUUCCUGAGCAAGAGUAUAUCCCUUUUGCUUGAACAUAUUUGAAACAUUAAAAAAAACCGUCUCUUAGUGUUGUAUAGUAUAUAUUCCUGUGUAGAAGGUAGUUUCGUCCGAUGGAUAUUGUGACAGACUUUGAAAUGCUAUUGUGCCAUGUUUUAUUUUUUUUUAUCAAUACUGCUGUAUUCGCCAAAGGAAAACAGAGUCGAUACUUAUGUAUCGGGACCUAUUUUAAGUGCUUACAAAGAUUUUAUGUUUUCAUCUCACACAUUUUAAUGCUUUAUAUCGUAGUGGUUGUUAAUUCAUACAUUUUACUUAAUCGUUAUUGUCAUUUUUUCAUGGCGUCAGACUUAACAUUGGUCGUCAGGUUUUUUGGACGACCCUAUACUUAUAACUCAUGUGAGUCCUGCUGUUUGUUCAGUGUCAUUGAUAUUAUCCUAAAAAAAGUGAUAAUAUACUUUUUAUAUUUUUUUUCAAAAUAUAUCAAAACUAUUUUAUUAUUAUAGAUAUAUAAUUAUUUUUUCUCGAAGAGAGACAUAUAUAUAAUGAUACAAAUAUUUUUUAUUAUUUUCAUUGAUUUAAUUCAAUUAUUGAUUUUAACCGAAACCAUUGCCAUAUUUUUACAAUUUGUUGUGGUAAAAUAUAACUACGCCAGGUUGUUCGACAAGUAUUAUUUUUAGAGUAUUGUUUUUGUCCUCAUAUAGGUUUCGUUGUAUUUUGUAAUUUGUAUGCAUAGAGUAUUACUUUUUCAUGUAUAUAUAAAGUGGUAGAUUUUUUUGUGAAACAAAGCUUAUACAGAUUUUGAGGUAUUUUUCCGAUUUUUGUUUUACACUUUUGUGUAUUGAGCUUUUACAUGUUCAACUGCUUAGAAGUUUUUUUUUCUCUAAUAUCAAAAGAUCUGUGUCCAUUUUGAUGCAUUUUACAGUGUGUUGCCAAAGCUUUAUUUAACAUGGUAAUCGUUUUAGGGGUUUUGUUGAUACUUAAGAUUCUGUGGAUCUGUAUUUGUUUUUAGCAAUAAAUUUAGGAAAGUGUGUUCAAAAAA